AUGACAGAAAAAUAUACCUUUUGUUCUCGUCAGUGUCUAUCUGAAGCUUUUGUAUAUAAUGGAAAAACAUAUAAAAUAUGUGCAGAUUGUUUGGUUAAAAAAGCAAACCAAAGGGCCAUUAAAAAUACUACAUUAGGUAGUGAUACUCAAAAUGAUGUUGAAUCAAUUUCACUAAAGGAUUUAAGCAAAUAUAUUACAGAAUCAAUUGAAAAUCUUGAGCCUGGUACUAGACUUUUUCUUAUAGCACAAGUUGAAAUCACCGAUAUCUCUAUUUCAGAUGAUCAAAGUUUUAAAAUGAUAGCAAAUAUGAUCGCUCAUAAUAUUGAAGAAGGCGAUGGUUAUACUUGA